CUCUAUGAAUGUCAAAAUUUACAAUGCAGUGGGAGUUUGCCAAGUGAUAUUUAUUUCUCCUAGUUGCACAACCGAAGACCUCAAAGUUAAUGCACUUCGCGCCAUGGGUUAUAUAAGAGCUGACAUGGAGGAUGACGAGUGUGAAAAGAGCAGCAUAACAGCUAAAUAUAAGUUGCUCAAAAUCCCAGAUGUUAAAAAUUAUAAGGGUUUAGACCAACUUUCUGGUGGUAAAAAUUUGGUUUUGAACAAUAGUUUGACAUUAGGGAAACAGGAAAUAAGGGAUGGAAGCGAGCUAAUGUUGAUAAGAAAGCAGCAAAACAUCGAGGGGAAUAAAAUGGAUAGGUCUGGACGUAUUACAAAUCUUUACCAAUAUCUGCUGACACCAAGUAUGAAUGAUAUUGAAAAAGCCACAGCCGAACUCCCAAUACGAAAUGCCGAUCGAAGAGUUGGCAGAUUAAACCCUGAAGAUAUACUACAGUUGAGGGAUGAGGAACAAAAUACUGAUUCAAAUUCAAUGGCAUGAAAUUAUUUAUAACAAAAUAUAUUUAUUAUUAUAUU